UUAGAUAUAAGCUCGAAUGGCAUAACAAAAGAUUCAAUAGAGGAAGGUGCAUUUGGGAAUCUGACAGCACUUGAAGAUUUGAGAAUGACCGACAACCCUUUUUCUAGAGGAGGAUAUCCCGAUACAGAAAUAGGAAGACUGACGUCAUUAAGAAAUCUGUCAUUAGAUGCAACUUAUUACUUAAGCUUUUCUUCAGAAUUCCAAAACUUGAAAAGGCUACAGUAUCUGGAGAUUUCACCAUCAUCUUAUUUCUGGUUUGACAAUGAUUCAAUUAUGAAUUUGGAAAAUCUAAGUAUUGAAUAUUUGAACCUCCAAUUCAGUGAUAAUGGUGCUUGUUAUCAUCAUAUUGAAGAUAUAUUCUGGCCUUUUUCUUCUUUGAAAGGGUUGACUUUUCAAACAUAUUGUGGUUUACGUUAUGUUCUGAAAUCUUUGAAAAGAUUGCAAUUUUAUCAAAUGGAAUACAUCGACUUUACAGGAUCAAGUAACUUCAAUGGUGAGCCCGUUCUCCUCAACGACGUUGACGUAGCAUUUCUCAAAAACAUUUGUGUUAAGUUCCUUUCUCUACAGGGUACAAGUACUGUGGGAAUACCAACAUUGAACCCAUCCAUAUUUAUGAAAUGUAUUGAAGUUAUUGAUGUGUCACAUAAUUCAAUAUACACCUAUUCGACGUUCUUUUUGUUCGUGCAAGCAAGACGAAUUAGACUCGUUAAUUUCAGUCAUUUGAAUGAAUGCCAAUUACCAAGUUCAAGAAGAAACUUAUUAGAGACCCAGGAAAUGCUACAAAAGCGGUUUCUUCCUGUUAACAUCACUCUCUCAAAAACGCUGGAGGAAUUCGAUGUUUCUUAUACCUACGCAAAUCCAAAUUUACUUGAAAUUCACUUAAAAAUAUUUGCUACCAACCUCAAGAAGGUAAACUUACAAUACAUAGGUUUUCCUUUUUGUUCUUACCACAAUAUAGAGUUACACUUACCGAAUCUAGGAAUCUUUGACGUUUCAGGUUCGUCUUGUGAAAAUUUAAAUUUACAAUUUUUGAAGAAUUGCCUCUCUUUAACAGAAGUUUAUAUGCGAAAUACCAAAUUAAAUAUCGGUCUAGCCAGUGAUGUGAAUGGCAUUUUCUUUCGUGGAUUGUCGAAAUUAACGAAGGUUGAUUUUUCAGAAAACGCCUUGAAAGAGUUACCUCCAAAUUUAUUUCUCAACCAGGCGUCUUCAAUGAGGAAUCUGAUACUCAGCGAUAAUUUAUUUACCACAAUACCGCGUGCCUUACUUCUCUUACCUAGGCUUAAACUCCUUGACCUGCGAUCCAACAAACUCUCCUAUUUUUCAAAGGAAUCUUUAUCAAUUAUUGAGAAAUUACCCAAUAUUACAAUAGAUGUCAGAAACAAUCCAUUUGACUGUUCUUGCAACGCUUUAAUUUCCUUGAAAUGGAUCAGAGACAAUGCAAGAAAGUUUCUUCAUUUGAACAGGACCCACUGCAACGAGUUGGAGGACCCACGGAUAACUGUUAAUGAGAUCGUUAACGAUCUGAGAGCAUUAGAAUUAAAGUGCAUAUCUCAACUAUGGUUGGAUAUAUCGAUAUCAAUUGUUUCUUCCAUGGUUUUGAUUGUGCUAGUGGUAGCGAUAAUGUAUCGAUAUAGAAUGGUCCUUCGCUAUGGGGUACUGAGAAUAAGGCUAUUUUGGAGACGUGGCUUUGCCCACAAUUUGACAACAGAUUCAACUGCUUUUGAUGCAUAUAUAUCAUAUUCUCCUGUGGACUCUUUGUUUGUGAGUUUGCAUCUCUUUCCUAAGUUGCAGAGAGAAAAUCUUCGCAUUUCCUUCCAGGAUAAAGAUUUUGAACCUGGUAGUACCUUUGCAGAAGAGGUUGUGGAGUUUAUAAAUAUAAGUAAAUGUGUUAUAUUUGUUAUCACACACACUUUUCUCAAAUAUGACUGGGGAACAUAUGAAAUCCAGGUCGCAAAAAUUCAUGCAAUUCAUAAAAAUGCCCGGAUUUUAUUAAUUAUCAAGGAUGACAUCGGAGUUGAGGAUCUUCCUCGAGAUCUCCUCUAUGUUUGGUGGAAAAUUAAACCAAUCAGAUUGCCUGACAGUAACAACGCGACAAAGAGGGAAAAGUUCUGGAGGAAGCUUAUUAAGUCAAUCAAGGAAUCUUAAAGCUUGUUUUAUUGUUUGAAGGUUAGUAAAGAAAUAACAGCAAUAGAACCAUAUAUCAGGCGAUUAAUUCUUGAACUUCAAUGGCUGGUUUGCAUUAAAUCCAUUUUGAUUAUUUUUACGUGACAGGUGAUAGUGACUGGUCAACAGGGGAUCCUUGCUCUUCCAAGGCACCUGAUUCCACAUCCGGAAUUUCCAAGGGCCAAGUUUAUGCACUCUUUACAGUAUCUUUUGUAGAUUUUUGUGUAUAAUACACUGUUCG